AUGGUGGACCGAAACAUUCUCGUGGUUCAAAAUGCAGUCAUAAAAAGCCGCUUAGUUGCGGAAAACCAGGACCUAAAAUAUCAACAGGACCCAAACUAUCUACAUGUAGCACAGGACCUAAAAUAUCUACAGGACCCAAACUAUCUACAUGUAGAACUGGACCUAAAAUAUCAACAGGACCUAAACUAUCCACAUGCAGCACAGGACCUAAAAUAUCAACAGGACCUAAACUAUCUACAUGUAGCACUGGACCUAAAAUAUCAACAGGACCUAAACUAUCUACAUGUAGCACUGGACCUAAAAUAUCAACAGGACCCAAACUAUCCACAUGCAGCACAGGACCUAAACUAUCCACAUGCAGCACUGGACCUAAAAUAUCAACAGGACUUAAACUAUCCACAUGCAGCACAGGACCUAAAAUAUCAACAGGACCUAAACUAUCCACAUGCAGCACAGGACCUAAAAUAUCAACAGGACCUAAACUAUCCACAUGCAGCACUGGACCUAAAAUAUCAACAGGACCUAAACUAUCCACAUGCAGCACUGGACCUAAAAUAUCAACAGGACCCAAACUAUCCACAUGUAGCACCGGACCUAAAAUAUCAACAGGACCUAAACUAUCCACAUGCAGCACUGGACCGAAAAUAUCAACAGGACCUAAACUAUCCACAUGCAGCACUGGACCCAAAAUAUCAACAGGACCUAAACUAUCCACAUGUAGCACUGGACCUAAAAUAUCCACAUGCAGCACUGGACCAAAAGAGUCAACAUGUACGAUACCGAAGAUACCAAGCUGUUCUACAAAAUCUAAGAUGUGUACGAAAGUGCCCAGUUGCUCAACGGUACCGAGUUGUUCUACUAAAUCCAAAACAUGUACGAUAUCCAGAGUGCUUAGUUGCUCGAAGGUAUCAAGUUAUAUUAAGAAAUCAUCAACCAAAUCGUGUAGCGUGCCUUCAAUUCCAAGUUGCACCAAGAAAUUAACGACUAAAGUCUGCAGUCUUCCAACAAUUUCAAGUUGCAGCAGUAAAUCAACAAAGCCUGUUCAUACUGCGCCGACCAUUCCGAGCUGCAGUAAAGCACCUCUGGAGCAUCAGCGAUGCAAUGAAUUGAUGGCAUGCGUUUGUGCAUGCACAUGCCCCAACUUCACGGGCUGAUUUUCAGACAUUAAUAUCCUUGAUUCAGAAUUUUAUUUCAUGUAAAAAUAUAAUUUUUUUGUAUUGAUUAGAACCUUAUUUUUUCGAUAAUUUAGUUCGCUCGUAUGUUUUAGUUCCUUUGGAAAUGGCUGGCUCUAUUUUAAUAUUUAGAUGUUUUAUUUAACCAAUUUUGAAUCAUAUUUCUCCACCUUUCUUAAAAUAAUAU